AUGGAUAAUGACUUAAGUAUUAAUGAUGUGAGAACAAGCGUUCCAAUCGUUGCUGAAAUCAAUAUUUCUGAAAACUUAGUAGUAGAAGUUGUCAAUCCCAUUGACAUAGAAUUCACACCAAAAUUGAACAUGCAGUUUGACACUGAGGAUGAAGCAUACGACUUUUAUAAUGCUUAUGGGAGUAAAGUUGGAUUCAGUAUUCGUAAGGAUUAUGCAAAUAAAAGCCCUAAGACAGGAAAUAUUACAACAAGCAAGUUUGUGUGUUCCAAACAAGGUUUUAGGGUGAAAGACAAGAGGGAUAUCCAUACAAGAAAGCCCAGGGCGGAAACUCGAACCGGUUGUGGUGCACUGAUGCAAAUUAGAUAUGACCGCAAGAAGGGAAAGUAUGUUAUAUAUAAUUUUGUCGAAUCUCACAAUCAUCCUAUGAUAAUUGAAGAAUGCACACAUAUGAUGUCAUCACAACGAAGAAUAAGUGUUGCCCAAGCAAUUGAUGUGGAAUUGGCCUGCCAAUCUGGAGUUCCACUCGGUAAUGCAUUUGAGUUAAUGAGCAGGCAGGCUGGUGGGAGGCAAUCAAUUGGCUACACCAAAGUUGAUCAACAAAAUUUUCUAAGGACAAGAAGACAGAGUGAGUUAGAAUACGGAGAGAAGACAUGGCUGAUGAAUUAUUUCAAAAUUCAAUCUUGUGAGAAUCCUUCAUUUUUUCACACCGUGCAGUUGGAUAGCGAUGAAAUGAUAACUAAUAUCUUCUGGGCAGAUUCGAGAAUGAUAAUUGACUAUGGGCAUUUUGGAGAUGUCGUCACAUUUGACACGACAUACAAGCUCGUCCAAAGCAAUCGUCCUUUUGCGGCUUUUCUUGGUUUGAAUCAUCAUCGGGAGACUGCUUUCUUUGGACUAGCAUUGACGUAUGACGAGACUGCCAAUUCCUUUGCGUGGCUGUUUGAUUCAUUCUUGAAUGCAAUGUCUGGUAAAGCACCACAAACGAUUCUUACUAACCAAGAUGGUGCAAUGGCAAAGGCGUUGGCACAAGUUAUGCCGAGGACAAGACAUUUACUUUGCACGUGGCACAUCAUGGCAAAUGCACAGAAGCAUGUAGGCACCAUUUUUAGGAAUGAUGAAGGGAUUAAAAGUGUGCUGAGUCAAUUCAUGUACUGUUAUGAUGAUGAGGAUGAUUUUUGUAUACAAUGGGAUGUAAUGUUAAGGGACUACAAUGUUGUUGGUAACAUAUAG